UGCCCAUGAGACAAAAUCAUUAUUUACUUGAAAUAAUUUUAUUUUAAAAAAAAAAUCCUUCUUCUCUGUGUCUCUUUAUACACACACACAUAUAUAGACCAGUCCAAAUCUGGGACAUGAGCAUCUGAUCUGCAACUUAAUGUGUAUGAAGCUAAGCACAGACGACAUGUGUGCAAGUUGGGGCUGCAGUAGUCUGUUAACAACGUUGUUCUUCGAUCUGAUGUUGUUGUUGCAUUCAGGUGGUGCCAUGUUGAUAGACCAUUAUUAUCACCGCACAGAUUCAUCAUCACAACAAACAAUUAGUAAGUGUGAUAUGUUCCAAGGAAGUUGGGUGUAUGAUGCAUCGUAUCCGUUCUAUAAUUCAUCGGAUUGUUCGUUAUUCAUGGAGACAGAGUUCGACUGCCAAGGAAAUGGACGGCCGGAUCAACUCUAUCUCCAUUACACAUGGCAACCUUCUGCAUGUGAUUUGCCCAAAUUUGAUGGGAAGGAAUUUAUGAGGAGAUUGAAGGGGAAGAAGAUGAUGUUCGUUGGGGACUCUCUAAGCCUCAAUCAAUGGCAAUCCCUAACGUGCAUGCUACAUGCAUCUCUCCCUGAUUCAAACUUCACAAUUCAGAGAAAUGGUGAUCUCUCCACGUUUAUUUUGCCGGAGUUCAACAGUUCUAUAAUGUUAUCACGGAAUCCAUUUCUGGUUGAUCUGGUUAAGGAGAACAUAGGUGAAGUUCUGAAGCUUGAUUCAAUCCAAAAUGGCAAAGCUUGGUUAGGGUUUGACUUCCUCAUAUUCAACACUUGGCAUUGGUGGCUUCACAAGGGAAGGAAACAACCAUGGGAUUAUAUGCAAGAAGGAGAGCAAGUAUAUAAAGACAUGGAUCGUUUGGUUGCCUUUAAGAAAGGGCUGAAAACUUGGUCAAAAUGGGUUGAGUCCAACAUUGAUCCUACCAUAACCAAAGUGUUCUUCCAAGGGACCUCUCCAACUCAUUCCAGAGGCGAGGAAUGGAAUGGGAGAAGGGGAACAAGUUGUGAAGGAGAAAGGCAACCAAUUGUGGGGUCAGUAUACCAUGGCAGCCCAAAUGCAGCAGCAGAGGUGGUAAGGGAAGUGGUGAGCAACAUGACUAAGUUGGUGACACUGUUAGAUGUGACCGCACUUUCUCAACUAAGGAAAGAUGGACACCCUUCAAUCUACGGCUAUGAUGCCAAGGGAAAUGAUUGUAGCCAUUGGUGUCUGCCUGGUGUUCCUGACACUUGGAAUCAACUCUUGUAUGCAACUCUUCUUCAUGGGAAUUCUAAGACUAUAUGAGAGAUCAAACAUAUAUAUAUAUAUGGGAUGUUCGUAAAAAGUGAGAAUUAAUCUAAUCUAUCUAUAUGGGGUUGUUGAAAAAUAAUGAGAAAAAUACAUGGUUAAUUUUAUAAAUAUUACAAAUUAAGUUUGAAAGUUUGUAAUAAUUAUAAAAUUGACUUGAAUUUUUUUUACUAAAAUUCUCAACCAUUGAUGAACCCUGAUGAGCGACUGAGAUGAGUCUUCACUUUUUACAAGGGUUGUUGUCAUUUGAACCUACCCUAUAUGCAUUAUUAAAGAGGUUCAUGAGAUAAUUAAA